ACAGCCAUGACCACUACCAACGGAAACGAGCGCUUCAACGCGGAGGCCGCCGCCUGGGACAACAAUCCAGACGUCCACCGCGCAUCCGAAGGCGCCCUCCAGGCCAUCCUAGCCGCACAGCCCCCCAUCCUCUCCUCCUCCUCCUCCUCGUCACUCUCUUCCGCAGAGGUCCUAGAAAUAGGUUGCGGCACAGGCCUCCUCACCCUGCGCCUGGCGCCCCACGUCUCCUCCAUCCUCGCCAUCGACGCCGCCGAGGGGAUGAUCGACGCCCUCCGGCUGAAGCUGGACAGACUGGAGGACGAUAGCGAGAGGGAAGACAAGACGAUGCGCACCAAGGUCCACCCGCUGUGCAUAAUGCUCCAGGACCCAGAGGACCCACGCCUUCCACCAAACACGACCACUGCUACCACCGCGCUUGAUGGCAAGAUGACGACGACGACAGGGAGGAGGAAGAAGUUCGACCUGGUCAUCUCUCAUCUCGUCCUGCACCACAUCGCGGACCUGCGCGCCCUCCUCGUCACGAUGCAUGGCUGUCUCAAGCCCGGAGGCGAGCUCGCCCUGACGGACUUUGAGGACUUUGGACCCGAGGCGCGCAAGUUCCACCCGGAGAGCAAGAUGUUCGGCGUUGAGAGGCACGGCAUCAACCGGGAGUGGUUUGCUGCGCAAAUGGCCGAGGUCGGCUUCGAGCAUGUCGACGUCAAGCCCUCCUGGACGAUGAACAAGGAGGUGGAGAGGUUCCCUGGUGAGUGGGGCGACGAAAAGCCUACGGGCAAGGAGUUGGCCACGAUGGGUUUUCCUUUUUUGCUAUGCAGAGGAUGGAAGGCCUCAUGA